AUGGAAAAUCCCGAGAACGCCUCGGCUCGAUUGACUGGUGUCCGCUAUGUGGGCGAUGGCCGUGUUUUUUCGGCUGUAUUCACUUUUCAGUACAACGGCGCGCGCUUCGAAGUGGUGGCGGCUAGCCCCGAGGACGAGGCUGGUGGUGAAGCUCUUGUACCUCCCCUCUACAAGUUUGAUGAAUCUCUUGAAGGGAAAGCCCUGACGGAGAUUUCUGAUCUCUCCUGGGGCGAGUUUGAUGAGACAAGGGACAAGGCGACCGAACGUCUAGAGAAGGAGUUUGCGAAACUGGCCGCCGAUGCAUGCCUCCAGGCCAUGCAACAACUAGUACCAAUUCCGAUUCCGGAUACGCAGAUAUUGGAACAAUACCUUUACCCCCAGACCUACAUCUUGCAAAUCCUCACCGACUUCGAGCGUACUAAGCUUACAUGCCAAACUCUGGACGCCUACGCUGGGCUCUCCGACCGUCAUCCGCCUAUCUCUGAGGACGAACUGCGUGCAAUGGGACUCGAUCUUGAGACUACCGACAUUCCGCUUAUCAGGGCAUCACAAGUCAUCCUCGUCCGCCGUCUACAGGGGUUGGUCUGGAAAGUGAUGGUAGAUAGGGAAGAGCUGGUCUGUAAGGCCGCGAUCGACCGUUUCGAGCAUCCACUCGUAAACGAACUUGAGACGUAUCUCAAGGUUAGAUCGGCUGGGGUAGCAUUGAGGAUCCCGGAGUUGAAAGGGAUCGUGGUAUCCGAUAAGGGGGUGAUCGGUAUUCUCCUUGGAUAUAUUCCACACGAAUACCACAGCCUACGCGCUCUAUUGGCUGGUAUCGACGCUGGUUCUAUCUUGCCAGGGGAAGCGACUGUAUCCCUCAGGAGGAUCGAGGAGACUCUCAGGGGUUUGCAUCGCCUGGGGAUCCUGUGGCGUGACAUCAAAACUGACAACAUACUCAUCGACGAUGAUGAUGACGCUGUUGUGCUCGACUUUGGCGGGGGGAACACGGUGGGUUGGGUCGACCAGGACAAGUACGGCAGUAUGGACGGUGAGGAACAAGGACUCCUGAAGAUUAAGGAGGCCCUAGGAGUCGAGGUUUAG